AUGUUUCGCAACAUGUCAGCCGAGAUCGACGAGGACGAGCAUAGCCUAGAGAUGCACUACCCUUACAUCCGGCAUGUAUGGAGCAGACGUGAUGUUCGCGUAGUUCCUAUUCUUGUGGGCUCACUCAGCCCGAGCGUGGCAGAAGAGUACGCCAAAAUCCUUCAGCCUUUUGCAGCCGAUCCUAAUACCAUGUUUAUCGUAUCCAGCGACUUUUGUCACUGGGGCUUACGCUUCCGAUACACGCGUUAUCAAGCUGGUUCUCGUGAAUUACCUGUGAUUCUGAACGCACUAACACCACCCGAUGUCUACGCAAAGUACCCUAUACACGCAUCGAUCACGGACCUGGAUACUGAGGCCAUGUCGGCUAUUUCGUUCUCAUCCGGACGUGCUUCGAUCGCUUGUCAGAAGGACCGCGACAGUGGCUCUGUCAAAAACAACGAAAUUAGUUUCCACGACGCCGGUUGGUCUGCUGGCGGGUCAGAUUACCCCGCUAUUGCCUACUACUACAGCCUUAAGCACAUCUUCAGUGACAAUUAG